AUGAUGAUGCUCUGUAUCCAGGAUGAAAUAUGUAACCGGCUGCUGGUGCCUCAAAUAAAAGCAUGUUCUGAAAAUCACAAUAAGUGCAAUGCUACUCAGUGUCAGAGAGCAGUACAGAAGUUUUAUGACAAUCUACCACCAAAGGUUGCAGGAGUGCUGGUCUUUUGUGAUUGCAGUCCUUCAGAUGAACCUUGUCAACAAGUACAGGGGGUUCUUCAUGCUCGGUUCUGCUCAGGAAACAGUGAUCUACCCCCAACAUGCCUUGAAGUGAUAGACAAAUGCAUGGAAGAUACAUUCUGCAGGGAGAGAUAUGAACUGCUCCAGUCAAAGUGCUGGGGAGAUGGAAAAGGAUUAUGUCAAGAUGAUGGUAAUGAUAAAGACUGUUUCUUAACUCCGGAUGAAGAGAGCACGACGUGUGUGAGAUAUAAGGAAUGUAGAGCAGCUUACACUGGCACAAGGGGAACGUACCUUCAAGUUCCUUGCACAUGCAAUGGUUUGCAAAAUACAGAGCAAUCAACGUGCAAACAGUUCCAAAACAUGCUUCGCCACAGGUCCUGCUACACGCAUGUUUCCAAUCCUACAAGUGAAAAUAUUCCGUUGCCCAGAGAUACGCUCGAUACAGUAUUCACAACAACAAGAUUAUAUUCAUUAUUUAAUGGCAGUGUGAAAGACAGUGAGCUGUCAUGUGCGCAGACAUUUAAUAGGCAAGCUUUUGUCCAGAUCCUUCACAUCUGCAGACCUGAUGAAGCCCCAGAAGAGUACUGCUACACUCUUGGGGAGGGCAAGCUGUGA